AUGGGUCCUCAAGCUUGCUCUGAACUUCAAACGAAGAUUCCUAUUGCGUAUGACCUGACAUCCCAUCAUGCGCUCGGCGGCGGCUCCUAUGUAUUCAAAAAUGAUUACCCUGCGUUUCUUAAGACCUUGGUUCCCAAUCCUAACCGUCGAACCGAAAUCAACAUUGUGAUCCAGCCAAAUAACUCUCCUCAUAUUGGUACCCUUUGCAGUCUUUCGUUGGCUUUCGUGGUCGCACACCGCUUGAAAGACCUAGGCAUGGAUGUGCUCGUAACAUGUGAUUUAUGGGAUAGGGCAAAAGGAUCACAGGAAAAAAUCAACGGUAUCGUGUAUCAAAAGUGUCUUCAAGAUACUGGGACUCUACAAAAGUACCUUCAGGACUACCAGGAAAUUCUUAGAUCUCUGUCUCGAAGAUAUGGAAUAUUAUACAAGCUUCGCCUUGAGGAGGAGUUUCUUAAAAGCCCUGAAAUACCCGAAGUUAUUCAAGCUAUCAUAAAGGAUCGGUCAUCUCUUGCGAAGGUGCUUGCUCCAUUGACUGGAAAGCUUGCCAUCCGCUCCGCUUGCCCUACUUGCGGGCUUGUUGACAAAUACGGAGCGGAAAACGUGUACGCGGACGAUGGAUUGAGUAUCUCCUUCAAUUGUCCACACCAUGGCCGCUUUUCAUGUAGUGCUGAAACCGAGUGCCACCGGCUCCAGUUCAACUGUCAGUUGUUCAACCUUGUUAUGGGACGCGUUUACGAAUGCGCUCCUUUCAACUAUAUUGAGAUAUGCGGCAGUGAUUAUGCUGGUUUCUGGCAGGAGCAACUCCUGUGGCGCUUUUUGUCGAAGCCAAUCAUAACUGUGUAUACGCCACUGAUUCAUGACUGGUCGGGUUCCAAAGUAUCCAAGUCGCUUUAUCUCCAAAAUGCUGCAUAUGACUACUUGCGUGCAGCUAGCCAAGACUAUCUCCUGAGCUAUAGGGUACUGCGGCAGCAAAAUAAGGAUCUUUCAAUACUUUGGGAAGAGGUUGAACGCUGGGUAGAUGAGCCAUAUCGAUUAUUUCGCGGCUAUAGCCUUCAUUAUAUCCAUUUGCUGUUUGAAAAACAUGAAAUAUCGCUUGGAGUUAUACACAAGACGGCACAAGCCCCGGAGAUCGAAUGA